AUGUCUCCGCUUCAGCUGUCCGUCUUCUGGCGUUUGUCACUCGCCUUCUUCUUCAAACCAUUCCUCUUCUUUCUCGACAUUUUCACGGUUGCCGUGGUUGAGGAGAUCUGUUCCCGUGGCAACGCCACAAGCAACGUGGGAACGCUGACACGGAACCAAUCAGAGGUCGAGGACCUUGCAAGUAAAGAAUCUGAUUGGAUGACUCAAAACGUUGACCGAGAUUCAGUGUGUAGCUGGACUCCAUGGUUGUACUACGGCCAAUCUGUCUACAUGGUGGGUCUGCUGCUUGGAUCUCUGGUGGGCGGAGCUCUGUCUGACAGGUACGGGAAGUGUCCGGUGCUGCUGGUAUGUGUGCACAUUCAGGCUCUGUGUGGUCUGGUGCCAACUGUUCUCCCUCAGCCGGUCUUGUUCCUCAUUGUUCGCUGUGUGACGGGCAUUUGCUGCAGCUGUAUCAGCAAUUGCUCCUUCAGUCUUGCUGUGGAGUGGACCACGCCCUCCUUCCGUCGCUGGCCAACAGUCUUUUUGGGCUUCUGCUUCAGUCUUGGUACAAUGGGCAGCGCUCUGCUAGCCUGCCUAAGUCCCAGCUGGAUUCAGCUUCACCUGACUCUUGCUCUGCCCCAGUUCAUCUGCCUGCCACUCUACCGUUCGAUUCCAGAAUCACCCAGCUGGUUAGCGUUAAUGGGGAAAUCUGAUGUUCUACACCGCUACUGUAAUGGAAGUAUGGCAGACAAGCAGUGUGUGGACAUUCUUCUGGGGUCUAAGAAGUUGGAAAACCAGAAAUGCACUGGGGAUCAGAAAUACCUACCACCAAGUGACCUUUACCCGUUCAGGCACCCAACUGUCCUUCUGCGGCUGUCAAUCAUGAGCUAUUUGGGUGCCGCAACUGCCCUGACAUACUUUGGCAUCUGUAUGAACAUUGGCUCCUUUGGCGUAAACGUCUACUCCGCCCAGUUCUUCUCCGGUCUGUCAGAGGCACCCUGUUUGCUCAUCCCACUGGUCCGCAUGAAUCGGCGUCCAAUCAGCAUGCUGACUCUCUUCUUGAGUGGCACUGCCUGCUUUCUGUCCUUGCUGCUGUCAAGAUACCAAUGUGACUCAAUGCUGGUGAUGAGCUUGGCACUGGUGGGCAAAUUCUGCAUCCUGGUUAAUAUCUUCAUCUUGGCUCUGUACAACAUUGAGCUGUUUCCAACAGUGGUCAGGCAGCGUUGCAUUUCACUGGUCAACUUGUGUUUCCGGCUCGGCUGUCUAGUCAGCACUCUAUUCCCGCCCGAUGCUGAAGGAUCCAUCUCAUUGGCUGCCAUGCUCAUCUACAGCAGUGGGCCAAUCAUAGGCUGCGGAUUCUGUCUAUUGCUUCCAGAGACCAGCGGCAAACCGCUCCCUGACACUGUGGAAGACUGUGACAGGCUGAAGGGAUAA